AUGUAUUUAACGACCCUGAAUAUUAUCUUGGCAUUGAUAUCAGUGGGAAAUGUUUAUGCUUGCAACCGCCCAUACUCCGCUUGGAUGGCCGAUAGUGUCAUCUCUCGCGACCAAGCAAUUGUCCCAGAUGGCUCCAGCCCAUCACCGUCGACUUAUCUCCAAGUGGGAUUCUUCCAAUCUUCCGUCCUCCGCUUAAUAGGCUAUUACAGCACUCCUGAGUCAGUCUGCGCAGAGAGUAACUGGGAAGACUAUUUGAACGCGAGUACAAAUAGUAUCGCGCCAUUUCUCCUGAACGCGACACAGGACACCAGCUACCCUCUUGACCGGUUAUCCACUGGCAGAGGGCUUUUACAUCAAUAUGACACAUUCAAGAAUACGAAGGCCUUGGAAGGUCUCCACUCCUUACGAGAAUCCAUCGAUAUCCAACCUAAGAACUCACUCCGUGGUUAUUGGUACUAUAAGUAUCCAAACUGGAGCUAUCUCGAUGGAAUGUACUCUCUUAUCCCGUUCCUUUUAUCAUACACUUCUCGCUUCGACCCUUGCAACAGCAGUGUCGCAGACGAUGUCAUUCAUCAACUCGACCUCCUCUGGACACACUGCUAUCAGAAUAGCUCGAAUCUUCUUGUCCACGGCUAUGAUUCUUCGAAGACUGCGGCUUGGGCAAACUCAAUCACCGGUGCGAGUCCAAUCGUAUGGGAUCGUUCUUUAGGUUGGUACCUUAUGACACUCGUUGAUAGUCUUGAGAUAUCAUCUUCCUUUCCAGCGCGAUUAUCAACCUAUCUACGGCGCAGAUUAACUCAGCUAUCCGAGUCUGUUAUUGCAGCAGCAGACCCAAAUACGGGAUGCUGGUGGCAAGUCAUGACUUACCCUGAAAGGAAAGGAAACUAUAUUGAAUCUAGCGGGUCAGCAAUGUUUGUGACCGCGUUACUCAGGGCGGCCCGACUUGGUUAUCUAACUGGCGAACACGCGUCUGAUGCAAGGGCUACUGCCACCAAAUGCUAUAGUCACCUUGUUGAUAAAUUUGUCGUCAAGAAUGCCAAUGGGACCCUAGGCUAUAACGGAACAGUUUCUGUGUGUAGCCUCGACUCAUCGGCUUCUUACGAGUACUACGUCUCGCAGCCUCUGUUAUACAAUAGUGUCCAUGGAACGGCGGCUUUCGUUCAAGCGAGCAUAGAACAAGAGAUGUUGAAUGAUUCUGGAACAUAUUGA